GACAGAGGGAGGCCUCGCCCUGUGAUGUGGAUCACGGAUCUCAUUUACAUGUCCACAGCGCGUAUCCAACGCCGAAUGCUAUGGAGUACUUAGAAUUUACUACCGGCUAAAAAGUCUUUAUUAGUAAAUAAAUUAUUUGUUAUAAGUGCAUAUUUUUAAGACCCAAAUAUUCCGAAAGCCUUCUGACAUGUCAGUAUGCGCAAAUUCUGCGCUGCUUUAAUGUUCAGGACGCUCGUGACGCGGAAUCCUCGCGUCACAGAGACGAGGUGCCGAGCUAGCGUUCACUAUCUUACGUUACGCUCGUGGUGGCGGCGCGGGCGGUUUUACCUCCGCGGCCGGGCGACGGUAACAGUGACGGUGACACGGACGAGCGCGCUCCCCUUCCGAGAGGCGCCGUUAUUGUCUUGGCUGCGCGUGAGGCUCCGCACCUCGCAGUGUAGCCGCAGGCUCGUCGCCUCGUCUCGCGAGAAACGGGAGAGAAACACCGGCUUUGUCGUUCACUUUUGGAAAAGGACCGGAUUGUCAUCCCCGGGGAAACGGCGCCUUUAUUCCCCUCAGCCGACUCAGCUAGCCUAGCCUAGCCUAGCCUAGCCCAGCCUAGCCUAGCCUAGCCUAGCCUAGCGCUCCGUGACCGGGCACCGUGUUUAUGGCGACAGACUAACUGGACCUGAAGCAUGGAGCCUCCACUCGGACUGGGCGAGGACAAAUGUGUGGUAACAGUGAGGGGUCAUGAGCUGACAUCCGGGCACCGAGCACCUAGGCUUCUCUCCCUGCUGGAGUGCUUGGGACAAUUUAAGUUGGAUGUUCUGUCUAACCCUGAUGCAGUUGUGUCCAGUCCGGUGCCCCAGUUGUCCAUACCCAUCAACAGACAUUUUCAGAUGGUACGAGAAGCAGAGGAGGCUCUUCUCAUUGACAUCUCAAUAAGCACUACAUUGAGAGUCCGCAUCCAAGGAGAGCACCCCCCGGAGCUUCUGGUGGAACUGCAGGAUGACGAGCGCAGCCGUACGUUCAUCCAGCAGGUGAUGAAGGCCAAGCAGCAAGUUGAAGUGAAAGGUUCAGUACCUGGGAAAAUGGAGCCUGGAGUGUGCGCACACCUCAAACGCUCUGGCCCCGCCCCUCACAGACGGGUCGCCAGACCUGCAGUCAAUGCCUCCAAGAACCUGCUAGAAGGCCAUGCCAACAGCAGCGCAGGCGAAACCCCUUCACGCACUGCGGGUUCUGGUGACCCUUCAGUCUCCCUGGUGACAGACUUUGGCUUUGAGAACCAUUUCAACCAUGCACUAAAAGUCGAGGAACAAAAGAAUCGACAGAACCAGACCAUUGGCCAGAGGGAAGCCCCACCUCCUCCUGUGCCCCCCCUCCCACCUCGAAAAGGCCCCUACGUGCCCUCCACUGCCUCAGGGGCAGGAGCCCCUCCCAGAGACAGACCUCCACCCAUCCAAACUCCCACACCAGUCAGGCAAGAGUGCAGUCAUGGUGCCGAGCGGUCCAGCGCCUGGGCUGACAGUCCCGUCACGCACACCCUGAGGCAGGCUACGUACAGCAGCCAGGCGGGCCUGAGAGAGGGUGUCCUCAAAUACCGCCUGGCCAAAAAAGAGAAGGACUACGUGGACAUCCACAACUUCAGGUUUUUUGCAGGCACAUGGAAUGUAAAUGGACAGUCGCCAGACUGUACGUUGGCUCCCUGGUUGUGUUGUGAUGCGGAGCCUCCUGAUGUCUAUGCACUGGGGUUUCAGGAACUGGAUUUGAGCACAGAGGCCUUUUUCUAUAUGGACUCGUCCAAAGAGCAGCUGUGGAUCGACGCAGUGGAGCGAAGCCUUCAUCCGAAAGCCAAGUACAAGCGGGCUCGCAUUAUUCGACUGGUCGGUAUGAUGCUGGUGGUGUUUGUGAAAAAGGAACACGUCAGCCACAUCAGAGAGGUCGCCGCCGAGUGCGUAGGAACAGGCCUCAUGAACAAAAUGGGAAACAAGGGGGGCGUGGCUGUGCGUUUCGUGUUUCACAACACCAGCUUCUGCGUGGUGAACUCCCACCUGGCGGCUCACGUGGAGGACUUCGAGCGGAGAAACCAGGACUACAAGGACAUCUGCGCCCGAAUGACCUUCAACCUCAUGGAACACCCGCCGCUCUCCAUCGUCAAACACGACGUGGUGAUCUGGCUGGGAGAUCUGAACUACCGCCUGUGUAUGUACGACGCGGCCAUGGUGAAGAAGCUCAUUGCUGAGAAACAGUUGCGGCUACUACAGGAGUACGACCAGUUGAACAUGCAGAGACAGUGUAAGAGGGCCUUCACCGACUUCAUGGAGGGCGAGAUCAAUUUCAUCCCCACUUACAAAUACGACGCAAAGUCCGACCGCUGGGACUCGAGUGGGAAGUGCCGCGUCCCCGCCUGGUGUGACCGCGUGCUGUGGAGGGGCAGUGACGUGAAGCAGCUCUCCUAUCGCAGCCACAUGGGGCUGCAGACCAGCGACCACAAGCCUGUCAGUGCUAUCUUCAGCAUCGGGGUGAAGAUGGUGAAUGAUUCUCGUUAUAAGAAGGUGUUUGAGGAGCUGGUCCGCGACAUGGAUCGCAUGGAGAAUGACUUCCUGCCUUCUCUGUCACUGACUCGAAGGGAGUUCACCUUCGAGAACGUGAAGUUCCGACAGCUGCAGAGGCAGAGUUUUCUCAUCACCAACGACGGCCAGGUGCCCUGCUCCUUCGCCUUCAUUCCCAAACUCAACGACUCUCAGUACUGCAAAGCCUGGCUGCGGGCUGACCCCAGCGAGGGCCUCCUGGACCCGAACGAGACCAUGGAGAUCUCCCUGGAGGUGUACGUGAGUAAGGACUCAGUAACUCUGCUCAACUCUGGCGCGGACAAGAUUGAAGACAUCCUCGUGCUGCACUUGGACCGGGGGAAGGACUAUUUCGUCACGGUGUCCGGGACCUACCUGCCCAGCUGUUUCGGAACCUCCCUGGAGACGCUGUGCCACGUGAAGAAACCCAUCCGUGAAGUCCCUGUCACCGAGCUAAUCGACCUGGGAGACGAUAGCUGCCCGAAACAGGAAAAUUCCAGGAUGAACUUCUUAGUGGACUGCGGAGUAACAGAGGACAGGCCCUUAAAGAUCCCAAAAGAGGUGUGGUUGCUAGUCAACCAUCUCUUCACCAAGGCCUGUCAGCAGGAGGACCUUUUUCAGACUCCUGGCUUGCAAGAGGAAUUGCAGAGCAUCAUUGACUGUUUGGACACCAGCAUUCCCGACUCCAUCCCUGGCUGUAACCACUCAGUGGCUGAAGCUCUGUUGAUCUUCCUGGAGGCCCUGCCUGAGCCCGUGGUAUGUUACGAACUCUACCAGCGAUGUCUUGAGUGUUCCCACGAUAGCCGUCUCUGUAAGCAGUUAAUAUCUCAGCUCCCCCGAGCUCACCGCAAUGUUUUCCGCUACCUGAUGGCCUUCCUGAGGGAACUGUUGAAGCACUCCAUCUACAACAACCUCACAGCCAACCUCAUAGCUACGCUCUUUGCGAGCCUCCUCAUCCGUCCGCCGCAGCUGACAGGCCGGCAGAUGCCGAACGAUCGGCAGAGAGCCAACGACUUCAUCUUGGGCUUCCUCAUGGGCAGCGAGGAAGACUGAGGUCUGUGGGUCGUUCCUCGAUCCGUGCAUAGGUGGUGACACCAACAUGUGGGGAUGUAAGGAGGUGUGUGUGUGUUGCUGUGUGUGUGUGUUAGGGUUUGAACAGACGUUGGAUGCACCCUGUACUACGACGGCUGAUGGGGAAAAGAUCAGUCGUGUUUUGCACAGACGCUGUACCUCGGCUUGUGUGUCGUCAUCGGGAGCGUUCUCCACUGCUCACACUCGACUUUGUUUCACACGCCGAGAUUUAAUGGCUCCAUAGUGACCUUCGGCUUUUCCUCGUGACCUCUGUUCCUCCCAAUGGCACAGAUGAAGGCCUCAUUCAGUCCUCCUACCUGACCCACACACCAGCUCCCUGAGCAGUACGAGGGGUGUGGCCGCAUUCCUGAAAAGUGACUUUGACUUUGACAAUCGAUUGCCGUUUUGGAGGAAGGCAUUCUGGGACCGUGUACCUGACCCAUGGUGUGAUGUAUGUCCGUUGUAGUGUAAACCUGUUAUUCAUGUUUCUCCCCACACCGGACACCACCCACACCUGGAGAGUGAAACCACUCCGAUCUGAAGACAUUAAAAGCAUCCGUACUGGUUUGUCUUGUUUACUGGCAGCACAUCUCAGAUGCUGUGGCCACACUAUAAUAAUAAUUCAGCAGUCUUCAGACAGCUCUGGUGGAAAGUGUUGUGAAGAAUCGAGAACCCUGACCUUGAAACUGCAUCUUGGCACUUUUUCAACAGGACUCUUUCCAAUCCCAUUCUGUUUGACUAAGAUCAACGUGUUUGCGAUGGUUUACUCUAAAUCUAGGCAUUCUGGUUUUCAGACGCAUCGUGUCUUAUUGAUGAUAAAUAUGUAUGCUCCUGUACCUACUGGGUGUUUUACUGUGCUGUCUUGUCUUUUGAUGUUGGUACGAUUUGUGGCCACCUGACUGCUGUUUGUACAUGAGUGUUUGCAGAAACCCUGUGUCAUGCAUCCUGUAUCCUCAACAGCCACUUAAUGAAAGUUGUUUUCUCUUGUGUGCCCUUAACACGCUAUGGGGUAAAUGUGUUUCGUGAACGGUAUGGGUGGUUCCUAGGGGGACUGGGUUGGACACUAGUGCACUACAUAUCUGAAUCAUCCCAAGAUACUGCCUGUUUUUGUGGUCCAGUGUAUAUUAUCAGGUCUAAUGUGAGAUGCAGUAUCAUGUGAAUUACACAAUGGCAGAGUCUGAUAUAAAUUGUGAGACAGUUAUCCUUAAGAACAUCAGGGCUUUUUUGACCAAAGAGCAGAUGUUUUGGGGUGGGGACAUAAAACAAAUAACUCUACAAUCUGUGUCAUUGCUUCAUUAUGGGAUUGGGGUUGCUAUAGUUGGGGUUUUGUGUUGUAUUUUUUAAGGGGUUGUGGCAUGUGGCCCUAGUCCAGAUCUGUUAAGCUUUAUCUCAGUCUCUGUGUAUUCUGCUAAAUUGUUCAUGUAAAAGGAGCUGACCGAGUGUGGCUUGUUCUUACGCCUGAUCUUUAUUGUGCCAAAGGCCGAGCAUGAGUUUGCUAUUCGUGGUGUUAGUUGUGUCAGACCAGCGAUCUGUGUCUUUUUUAAUAUACACUGAAAGGCUGUGAGGCUGUUGACAUCAAAGGGCAAAUAUUUAAGACUUCGCCUGGUCAAGCUAAUGUGACUGUUCAGUGGAAAAACUCCCUUAGACUCUUAAAUAUCACGUCUGCUUGGGCAGAUGCACUCAAAAUAGCAUGGAAAAAACGAAAGACGUCAGUGUCACCAAACGCUAAGUAUAACUCCUGAGUGCUGUGAAGUCUGUCUACAGCGCCCCUGCUCCUGAAAACCGAGCCCGUUCUGUGCUUCUGGUACUUCGGAUAUCCCACUCACCCUGUCAGAACUGCUCCAGGCUCGGUUCUGCCCACGACCGCUGUGCCAGUCCAGCUGCCGUGGUGGCAUUUCUGUCGGGCUUGCGUCUGCGGGUAGGAUUAGUCACCUGCCAGACCCGCGCGUCUGAUGCGUAAUCUCCAGAGCAAAGGCCGUGGCUGGAUUCCUGAGCAGGGCCUGGCUUCAGGCUGCUGUUGUGCUACAUAAACCCUGUGGCACUCGCAGCGUGUUGCCAGUGCUUGACGUCUCCGUGGGACCGUUCCAGAGUCUGCGAGCUAAGAGUCCUGAUGGCGCGCACACCCGUCGUUUCCCCUCACCACAGGCCGUGCACUUUUCUUCCUGAAGUUCCUCGUCUUGUCCUGUGCCUCGCUCUCAUUUUUGUUUGUUUUCUAGUUUCAGUUUUGAAAUGGUUGGUAUGGUGCAUAUGCAAAUGAAUACUUGCACAGUUAUCAUUUUAUCUUUUUAGUACUUCUAACUUAUUUAACGGAAAUAAAAAUAUUCAAACGUA